AUCUUGCAUCUAAAGGAAAUGCAGUGUGGUUUGCUGAAUGGGGUAGGCCAGCCCCUCACUAGAGAUUUAAAAGCUAGUGACAUAUUUUUCACGCACCACAAACACGAUGAGAUCUUUAACAGCGAUUGUGUUUGCUGCUGCUAUGACCACACUGCAAAUCUCAGCUGUGAUUGGAGAUGCUAUAGUCAAUGGCAGAAAGGCUUCCAAAAACACCUUGCAAUAUAUGGCAUCAGUGCAGGUCAAUAAAACACAUUUGUGCGGAGGAUUUCUGAUUUCCCCUAAUUAUGUCCUUACAGCCGCACACUGCGAUAAAAGUGGUCAUAUGACUGUUGUCCUUGGUGACCACAACAUCAAUCCACGGAGAAAUCUUAAAAGAUACGAGGUGGCUCGCAAAUUCAAACCGAAACCGUUCACACAUGCAAUGGAGGGCGAUGACAUCAUGCUUCUGAAGCUUGACAGGAAAGCAGUUUUGGGAAAAAAUUUGAAAACGGUGGAUAUCGUAGAUGAACGGCACCAUGUUAAAAGUGGCACAGAGUGUCUGGUUGCUGGAUGGGGUAAAACCAAAAAAAGUAAUACUAAGGGAGUCAAUGAACUUCUGGUUGUGAAAGUUUCAACUGUUGACAUCGACGAAUGCAGGAAAGCAUGGAUGAAAAAAUCAGAAACAACACUUCCACCAAACAUAACCUGCGCUGGUGGAUAUAAAAAGAAUACAGGGGUGUGUAAGGGUGACUCAGGAGGUCCACUUAUAUGCAAAUCCAAAGCUGUGGGCAUUGUUUCCUUCAACGGUCCCACGUGUAAAUAUCCUGAUGUGCCAAAUGUCUAUACUGAUAUUUCAAAAUAUUCGCGCUGGAUCAAAGCAAUGAUGAAAGAAAGGGAAACCAAAUAAACUGUACUUUUGUUGACCGAGUCUUUGUUUUUGCAAUAAAAUAUGAA